AUGAACCCCUCUCUAUAUUCUCCAAUUGCCAGCAUUCGCAUCCACAGGCCCUGUUCUGUCGCUUUUCGCCCGUCGUCCAUCGUCGUAGUUGUUGCCAGGUCGCCGUCGCCCGUCGCAUUCAACUGCGCUUCCUCAAAUUCUACUCACCGCCUCACUCAAGGCAUGCUCUCGAUGACUGCUUUUGAUGUUAUUGUUGUUAAAGAGUCUAUAUGUGUAAUUGGAGGAGUCAAGAUUGGAAAGAAUAUUAUAGAAAAUCUACUCAAAAUUGGUGAUAGUUUGGCUGGUGAUACAACAGAUGGUGAAUCGAUCAUUCAUAUACCAUCUGACAUUUUGGUUAAGAACUCUGAGACAGCUUUGGAUGACUUCAUUGAUUUUGUGUAUCCAGAUAUGUUAUCCAAUUUAUCCAUUGAAAAUUAUUUCAAGGAUAGAGCAAUUCUUGCACUAACUCUGGAUUGUGUUACUGAUGUCAACAACAAGAUGACUGCAGGGUUACUCGGACAAGAAAGAGUCCACUUAAAUUCUGACUCCAUGUGUGCCGAGGAGGGAAAUAUGGAAUUUGAGUUAGAUUCUUUCUUACCAGAGAUUCUAAAUGGAAUUAAUUGUUCAGGUCUACCACCACACAAGUUGGUUGUGAAGGUUAGCGCUCCUGUUAUGUUGCUGCGGAAUAUAGACCAAACUAAUGGUUUGUGCAAUGGAACGAGAAUGCAAGUUAGAAGAACCGAAAACUAUGUCAUAGAAUACAAGACUUUAACUGGUAACAAAAUUGAAAGUAUUGUUCUUAUCCCAAGAUUGAAUCUAAUUCCAAAUAACGAAACAUUACUGGUCAGAUUUCAAAGAAGACAAUUCCCAAUUAUUAUGUCAUUUGCAAUGACAAUAAAUAAGUCUCAGGGACAAACUCUAUCAAAAGUUAGAGUAUACAUUCCAAGGCCAGUUUUCACCCAUGGUCAAUUGUAUGUUGCAUUAUCAAGAGUAACGAGUAAAGAUGGUUUGCGAGUGCUGUUGCAAGAUCACGGACACUUGGAAGAUAACUGCACGAUGAAUGUGGUAUGUAGAGAAGUUUUUGAGAGCUUAUAA